UACAUCAAUGGCGCUUGGCUGUCGUUGAAACGCUAAUUGCCUUUAUUUUACAUUUUAUUUAGUUGUUUGUUCCAUCUCUUAAUAAUUAUUUUGCCGGUAUUAAUAGUAUUCGGUAUAAUAAUUAACUUAUUGUCAUUUUACUUGUUAUUCAUGAUUAUUUUAGCGUUAGGACUACUGCAAUAUCAAUUGUAACAAACCUGCAUGCAAAUCUAAUUUGAUCAAAAUUGUUUUUCUUUAUGAAGAAAAGGCUAGAUAUGUGAACAUAUGUUGUCAUGUUACAUGAAAUUGAAUUUUCUUCUUGCUUGUGGAAAUGUCUGUACAUUACAAAUUUAAAAGUGCAUUGGAUUAUGACACAGUUACUUUUGAUGGGCUGCAUAUUUCUGUAGGAGAUUUAAAAGCUGCCAUAUCGCAGCAGAAAAGGAUUGGAAAGACUUCAGAUUUUGAUCUCCAGAUCACUAACGCACAGACAAAAGAAGUUUAUGUGGAUGAUCAGACUUUAAUUCCAAAGAACACUUCACUUCUUGUGGCAAGAGUUCCACUUGCUCAGCAACCUAAGAAACAGUGGGAAGGAUCUAAUGCAAAUUCAUCGUCAUUGCACAAAGAUGUUGCUGUUAACAAGGGAUUGGCUGAUCUGUCUCGCAUGGAAGGUAGCGAACAGGAUAAAAUAAAUGCUAUGAUAUCACAAUCCACUUUUGACUACGACCCUAGCAACUAUCAGAAAAUAAGAGGACAAAAUCAGAGAGGAGCUGUUCCAAGUAACUAUAUUUGUUACAAGUGUCAGAAGAAAGGUCACUGGAUCAAAGACUGCCCUGCGGCAAAUUCUGGUGAAGCUAUAGAAAUCAGAAGGAGUACAGGUAUUCCUAGAAGUUUUAUGGUACCAGUAGAUGGUCCAAAAGCACCAGGAGCCAUGAUGACACCAAGUGGUACAUUUGCAGUCCCCGCAGUUGAUCAUGAGGCAUAUCUUGCCUCGGAGAAUGCUGGUGGUGCUGACACUCCGACCAACGCACCAGCGGCCCCGGAGCCUUCUGUCCCUGAUGAAUUGAUCUGCAGCCUCUGUCGUGACCUGCUCAUUGAUGCGGUGAUGAUACCAUGCUGCGGAAACUCGUUUUGUGAUGAAUGUAUAAGAGGUGCUUUAUUGGAAUCUGAAGAUCAUGAGUGUCCUGAUUGUAGGGAAAAAGAGAUUGCACCAACAACGCUUAUCCCAAACAGAUUUUUAAGGAAUUCUGUAUCAGCGUUUCGUAACCAAACAGGCUACAACCGAAGAGCGCCGCAUCGGCCGUCGGCAGCGCCCCCGCCCGCGCCCGCCGCGCCCCCGCCCGCGCUCGCCCCGCCCCCCGCUAUGGGACAUCAGCCUGGGAUGAAGCCACCUGGGAUUGAUGGACCUCCAAUUAAUAUGCCUCGUCUUGAAGAGCAAAGAGCAAGCACGCCUACUAUUGACGAGAGAAGAGAUCCGAUGUCGUCGCAGGUCGUGUUCAACCGGGGACAAGCGCCGCCAUUUGUACCAGGCUUGCUGCCGCCGGCACAACGGUAUCCCAACCAACCGUACGGACGGCAAGGUCCGCCGGGGCCGCUGUACGGCGACCGCUACCGACACCGCUUGGAGCCCUACCAGCCGCCGCCGCCCGGCAUUAAGGAUUCCCCCACUAACGGGGCCGGAGAGGACCCGCUCGAGGCGUUCAACCGGAUGAUACGUGAGAAGGAGAUGCGCGCGAAGCGGCGGGAGGAGGAGCGGCGGCGCGCGCACUCCGGCUCGCGCUCCCCGACGCGCUCCCGCACGCCGCGCUCACCGCGCUCCCCGCGCUCGCCGCGCUCCCCGCGCUCCCCGCGCUCCCAGCGCUCCCCGCGCUCACCUCGAGCGCGUCCUCGCAGUCGCGCAUCUAGCAGAAUUCGAUAUACUAGAUCGCGAUCGGCUUCUCGCGGCCGCGUGCGCCGCUCACCCUGGUCGCCGCGGCGCAGGCGCACCAGAGACAGAUCACUCUCACUCACACGGUCGCCGUCGCCUCGUCGCCGGCACCGUACCCCGCUGCGGUACCGCUCGCCGCUGCGGUCUCCGGGGCCGCGGUCUCCGCUCCGGUCGCCGCUCCGCUCCCCGCUGCGGUCUCCGCUCCGCUCUCCGCUGCGUUCUCUGCCGCACUCGCCGCACCGCCCGCCGCCGCUCAUGAGGUCGCCGCAGCCCAGACCGAUGUCGCCACAUAGAUACGCCGGAGUGUAUGAUGAAUUGUUAUCGCCCCCGCGUCGUAGUGUUGAGCCGCCAUACGGAGCCAGAUAUGGGCCGAGAAAUAAUGCACCGCCUCCGACUUUCCCCCCAUUGGGAGCUAAACCGAUACCUCUUAUGGGUAGUCUUCCAAUGCGAACUGAUCCUCAGCCGGGUUAUCGAGGACGUUUUGACGGCCCACCUUUUGAAGAAAUUCCACCUAGCGUGGAACCCCCUGUGCCAGGAUUCGAGCCGUCGCCGUUUGAGAAACCCUCUUUUGGUCCGUCGGGUCCAUUAGAACGUGAUAGAAUAUCAGGUUCAGGUUAUAGGGAUGGUUACAGGCCACCCCAAUACGCCGACGGUCCGGCGGGAUACCGGGAUAUACCAAUACCUGCUGCCCAGAACGAAAUUUCCGUUCAUAUUCCAAAUCAACCCCCACGAUACCGUGAUAAUUAUAGACCUGGACAUAGCUACCGUGAUCAAGGUCCUGCACCAUUUAGGGAUGGCGCCCAGUCCUACAGGGAUUCGGGUCCACCAGGACUGCCAUACCGCGAAGGUAACUUUAGAGGAGCCCAGCCUCCGUCAUUCCGUGAUAAUUCGUAUCGGAAUAUGCCCUUCAGAGAUGGUAACUACAGAGACCCAGUGCCUCAUAAUUUCCGCGAUCCAAAUGUGCCGUACAGACCGCCUAGCGCCGAUCCUCGAGAACCCAUACCGCCAAAUUAUCAUGAUCCUAAUUAUCGAGAAAGUUUUAGAGAUGAAACUAAUGCAAAUAGGGAUGCAAUGCGAGCUGGGUAUCGUGCUAAUGCUCGAAGUAGGGGAGGAAGUAGGCGUAAUCCGAAUGUUGAACAUGAAAAACAUAGAGAUGCACGUGAGCGCGAAAGGUUGAAUGAGAACAGAGAACCACCACCCGAAAAAGGAGAACGAUCUCGAGAUGCAGAUAAACGACAGGCUUAUGAAAAAAGAGAAGUACGUGAUGAGCGUACACGAGAUACAGAAAGAAAUCGUGAAUAUGAUAAAGAAAGAGGUCGUGAUAAAGCAACGCCAGAUAAAAAAGGCCGGUCGUCACCUAAGCGCACACGAGAAAAGAAACGCAGUGAAUCUAGAGGACGUUCCAGAGAUCGAGACCGCGAUCGCGAAAAUCGUCGUGAAAAGAAAGAUGAUCGGUCUCGCGAAAGACCCUCUUCCGAAAGAGGCAGAGAUCAUAAAGAUAAAGAAAAGAAAAUCAAGGACAGAAAAAAGAAAAAACGAGAAAAGGAAAAAGAUAAUAAAAAGAAGCGCGAUAAAAAAGAAAAAAAAGAAAAAGAGUCCACAAAGAAAGAUGAUGACGAUAAAGAAAAAACAGAAAAUGUUGAUAGUCAAACAGAAAAUAAAGAGCUCGUUAAGCAGGAACCAAAGGAAGAAGAAUCUGUACAAAAUAAUGUUGUUCAAACUGAACCAGCUGUGGCUAAAGUUAUAAAAGCCGAUGCGACCGAAUCAGUUGUUGAAAAAUCAAAUGAAGACUUAUAUGGUGAUGAAUCUGCAGAAGCUGUUGAUAAAGAAAUAAUACAAAAUUACGUGAAAACCGAAAACAAAGAGCAACAACCCAUCGAAGUUCAAACAGAAGAGACUUGUAAUAAAGAUGACCCAUUUGACGGAAUAGAACUUCAAGCAGUAACUGAAGACUUAGAAGCAGACAUUGAAGGUAACACCGGUCAAAGCAAAGAAAUGCUGGCACCUUUACCCGAAUUAUCUAAAUGGGAAGUAGAUGAUGAUAAUGCUGAAAAAACCAAGGAGCCUGGUGAAAUAACUUCACCAGAAGAAGAGGAGGACAGUGGCAAAGUCACAUCUGAAGUUAUUAAGCGCGCCGAAAACGCCAUAUUUGCAAAAGCCAUUAGUUCAUUGCGCCCGAUAGAAAUUAAAAAAAUUAGUAGUGAUCGUUUAAAAUUAUACGGUGAUGAAAUGGAACAAAAAAAUUCUAUGAACAAUAUUCAAAUUACUGUUCCCGUAGUAGAUUCUAAUCAGAGGUCUAUUGAAUUAAGUGACAGAAACAGAUAUUCCAAAACACCUCCACCAAGAUUGUCCGUUAAAGAAAGAUUAGGUGGAAAGGUGGAAGACGUACGCAAAAGUCGAGAAAUGCGAUUAGUGCAAAGUACCGUAGAAAGAGUGAAGUCUAGGUCAAAAACGCCCAAGAGAGAACAAGCUUAUCGCAGAGUGACGGUUGAAAAAGAAAAAGAAAAUAAACCUAGAUCCCACGGUAGAUCGCAGCCGACUAAAUCUGACAGACGUGCUGACAAAGAGGAUAGCAGAAAUUCAGAUAGUUAUCGCGGCGGCGGUGAUUCAAAGAAAAAGGAUUUCGAUAGAAGUACAAAGCACGACAAAAAAUCAAAUGUUGACGACAAUUUUGGCUCUCGCCAUCGUGAUCGUGGCAAUGACAACUCAAAUGAUAUAAAACGAUCGAAUGCAGAACGUGAAAGAAAGAAAUCUAUUUUAGACGAAGCUCAUUUUGAACCAGAUUAUGACGAAACACUUGAAUCAGAUAACGAAACUAAAGAGGAAAGCAGCAAGAAACGUGGACGUUCAGCUUCACCCAGUGCAGUUGGCGAGGCAAAAAAGGCAAAGCUGGAAGAUACCAUCAAGCUGGAUCUAACUAACGUAAAAAAGAAACCCGAAUCUGAAAGUGAGUCUUCUAGUGAAUCUGAUGGUAGCUCUUCUUCAUCUUCUUCGGAUGCCCGCAGACGUAAGAAAAAGAAGAAACGUAACAAGAAAAAGAAGAAACGCGCUGCUAGUGAUAGCGACAGUGACUCCGACUCAAGUUCCGACGACCAUAAGAAGAAGAAAAAGAAGCGUAAGCAUAAGAAGAGAUCUAAUAAAAAGAAGAAGAAGUCUAAGCAUAAUAAGUAAAGCAUAAAUUCCUUGGAAGUGAAACACUUUAUUUUUAACAUUUUAUGUAUCUGUGUAACUUUUUACCGUUAUUAAUAACAAUUAUUAUAAUUAUCGCGCAUUGGGCAGUACUUCUUACUGCAGAGUGAAUUUUUAUGUUUAGAAAAUGUAUUAUCUAUACGUCAUGUAAGAUUAUUAAGUAAUAAAUUGCAAUGGAAUAAAA